ACAAAGCACUUUCAGACCCUUUCAACGCCCCUUUUGGACCUUUUCUGCGUGUCAAAUUCCAAAUUAACGAUGGAGGAAGCAGCUUCGGCGGCGUCACAACCCUCGAGUCACGUGUACGACACGCUCGUCGACCUGUUUGGCGCAAAAAGUAAGGAUAAAAUCGACAAAGCGAUCGAGCUGACAAAACAAAGCGGCAACGUUCAACUCGAAACUGCGAUAGAGAUCAUGUUUGAGCUGCUAAAUCAGGAAACGGGCAGCGAAGAGAAGCGAGUUCAGGCAAUACCUCCGCAAAAACCGUCCAGAAGCAAUAUUCAAACGGGGACCAAGAAGAAAACUCCGAAUUAUAGCUUAACGAGUCAAGUGAUUGCGUCACGAGAAACACGAGAGCCACAAAUUCCGUCGCUUAUGGAUGUCUCUCAGAUCGAAAUGAGCGCGAAAUUCCUGCCUGACGAAUACAAAAAUGCUUGUGAUAUGAUCGAAAAGGGUUACAAAGUGAUGAUUUUGAUGCGAGGACUUCCCGGAAGCGGGAAAUCGUUCCUCGCGAAACAGAUCGUACAAAACUUCAAUUUUGACCCGAGAAAUCACAUUUUCAGCGCAGACGACUACUUUAUCAACGUAAAUGGCGAAUAUGUGUAUGACCAAACGAAACUAACGGAAGCCCAUGAAUUCACCCAAAACAAUGCCAUCCGAAAAUUACGCGAAUCUUGGAGUCCCGUCAUCAUCGACAACACAAAUAUCAAACUUUGGAACAUGUUUCCGUACAUAAGACUCGGCGUGCAAUAUCGUUACAAGAUAAUAAUCAUGGAGCCCGCGACUCCAUGGGCAACUACUCCGAAAACGCUGACGUCGAAGAACCAACAUAACGUACCAAAGGAGCGAAUUCGUCAAAUGAUGGACAAUUACGAGAAAACGAACGUCACGAAACUGCUUCAUACACUAAAUUUACACGAAAUUUACAUUUCGACACCCACCGAAUUUCGUCAUUAUCCGCCUUUUACGCGAAAAUUCAUCGAAAAUCAUCGAGAAGCGUUCCCUGAGUUGAUACCUUCAGCAGAAAUACCCAAACCGAGACGAGAAAUUUUCGACCAAAAACCGAAUUCGAGUCAAGAACCGACGGAAUGUGAUUCAAUUCAAGUCAAUUCUGACACAAUUGAUUGGCAAUCGUAUGAACAAGACAAUUUUUGGAGUAAAAUGGAAAGUCCUGGGUCGCCUGAACAUCAAAGAAAGAAAAAUUUCGAAAAAAUUUCAUCGCCUGUGGAUGUUGUUCCAAAACCGAAACGAGAAACAGCGAAAAAUUUCAGUCUACUUGACUCUUUGCAAGAAAUGGCGCGCGAGGAACGCACAAAAUUCCAAACGGAACAACAAAAAAAGGAACUUUUAGAGAAACAAUCUGUGCCGGAAUUGAUUCGUCAACAGGAAGACUUGCAAAAAGAACUCGUGAAGCACAAAAAAGAGUGUCGGAAUGAGAAUAAAAUGUUUCGGGAGAUUCGACAAAUGUUUCCAGCUGUCGGAAUAAGCUAUUUAUGGGAUUUAUUCGUGAAAUGCAAAGGAGAUCCCGAUUGGGCGAUCGAAAUUUUGAUCAACGAUCCAAAAGUCAAUUCAUAUCAAGACCCUUCGAACGCUGAGGAGGAUUUUGAAUGCGAGGCAUGUGAUACAAUUUCGAAGCCUUUUUUGGCGCCAUCUAAGCCACAAACGCCCCCUAUUUUGACAGAAGUGAAGGAAAAACGCACAAAAAAGGUCGAACCCGAAGAACAGGAGAAGCUCAAAAAGUUAAUUGAGGAAUCUUUUGUCAUUGGAGAUGAACAUUACAGUUCGCAUACACGUAAAAUCCGUAAUUUCAAACAUGGGAUUGUUCCUUCGGCUAAUUUGGAUGUCAUGGAGUUCGAUGAAGAGACUUCGAGUGAUCCUGAUCCGAAUCAAGACGAAGAGGAAGUUGUCGAAAUCGAUCUUGGACUGACUUUUGUGCAGAAAUUGGAGGAAUUGUACGGUACAAACGUGUUUAAAGUCGAAAAUGAGUCACUUUUAUUGGGAGAUUUGAAGUUAAAAACGAAUAUUUUUCUCACAAAAGGCUUGGGACAGCAACUUUACGCGCUGUGGUGCGAAAGUGUUCAUAACCAACUCGAAGAACAUCGUUUAAAGAUCGCGCGUGAAGAUUUAGAACUCGCUCGUCAAUUGGAUGCUCGUGAAAAGUACCCCGGAAUGUUUCGCGAGGAACCGCCAAAGACCUUUCAGGACAUCAUCGAGAUCGAAAAGGCGCUCAACGAGUACAAACAAGACAUAUCAAAGUGGAAAAACACUCUCCCUGACACGAUUGCUUAUAAUUUAGCCAAAGACAAGUUACUCGCGCUCUUUCCGAACAUCGAUCGUGAAGUUGCCAUCGAGAUUCUCGCGGCGCACAAAAAUAAUUUGGACGAAACCAUCAACGUUCUCAAGAAUACCCUCAAAAAUGACGUCAACGAGCAAGAUUUGGAGAAACGCGGCAAAGAACUCUUCGCCCAAGCCCAACAAGAAAUCGACAAACUCUCAUCUGCCGACGAAUUUUCGAAACUUUCGCCCGAAGACACGAAACGAGCCGCUCUGAAGGAGUUCGAAGAAGCUCGAAAUAUCGCCAUGCAUCAUGCGCAACUCAAAGCUGAAUGUGUUGCCAAAGCACGAACUGCCAUUCAACGCAAUGAACACGGCGUCGCCUUCUAUUACACGCAAAUUAGCGAACUGCACAAGAAUAAAAUCGAUUUUUACAACAAUCGGGCGGCAAAUUGUUUGGUAGAAGUGCACAACGUUAGUCAAAACAGCGAAAAUAUGUUGGAUUUGCACUAUUUACAUUCAUCAGAAGCCAUUCAAUGUUUGGAUUUAUUCCUCGACAAGCAGAUACAAAAGUUAAUUUCCAUCCAGAAGACAUACGCGCAUGUCUAUGUGAUCACAGGACGAGGCAAAAACAGCGUAAACGGAAUUCCUGCCAUCAAAAUUCGCGUCAAAAGUCGCUUGAGGGAACGAGACUUGAAAUUUUCGGAAGUCAAUCCGGGCUUGUUGAAGGUUAAAGUGUUCCAUAAUUCGAUGUUUGCCUAAAAAAUGAAGAAAAAAGAGAAAAUUAGAGUAAAAGAGUCACAAGUGCAAUUAAGAAAAAUUAUUUUUGAGGUCAAAACUCUUUUUUUAUCUCUUAGAUUGUUAUUUUUUUUUAUUUUUCCCGUAUCAUUCACACAAAUUGUGUAAAAAAAAACCAAUUCCAUGAUUUAUUAUUAUUAUUUUUUUUAUUAGACCCUUAUUAGAUGUUAGUUAGUAUGAAUAGUAGUUAGUACUAUAAAUAGAAAACAUUCAAUAUGAUUGUAAAUCAAAACAAAAAGGAAUUCAAAUUA